AAAAAAACCACUAAGAGUUCCCGGACCUCAGAUCUAGCUGGCAAGCUCCUGAAAACAUGCACGAAUAUAAGACGACCGAAGAGGUGUCACGGGAGCGGCAGGACCUGCUAAGGGGCGGGAGAGUGUGGCACAGACGCGGAGCGCCCCAGGCCGGGGGUGAGAAGGACUUCGGCCAGGAUUUCGGUGCAGCCAGAGCGCUCCGGUGACGUCUCCAUACCCCGGGCAAGAGUUUUCCUGGCCGGGCGCUCGCGGAAUUUCGGAUCUUAAUCUGGACUUGCCUCAUCGGGGCUGAUCGCAUUUCGGGCGCCAGCAGCCCGGGUUCGCUCGCCGGCUCAGCGCGCCGGGGUCCCACGUGCGGGUGAGCCUCCGCGGUGCCGUCGGGCCCCGGGUCUCCGCCAUGGACGCGGCGGCAGAGCUGCUCUUCUACGUGAACGGCCGCCAGAGGAGCCCCUCAAAACUGUACAAGUUCUAGGCCAGAUAAACCUUUUUCUGCUCCUGUUGCCUGGGUUCCACACCGAGUAAGAUUCACUUGUUUCCCCAUCUGCAAUGGAGGCUGUGAGGAUUCCCGCACAGGACUGCUUGCUAUGAAAGUGAGGUAAUAGAAAAAAAUGUUGAUCCUCAAACAAUGCUGUUACCAUACCUGAGGAAGAAGCUCCGACUCACAGGAACUAAGUAUGGCUGUGGAAGUGGAGGCUGUGGUGCCUGCACGGUGAUGGUAUCACGAUAUAACCCCAUUACCAAGAAGAUAAGACAUUACCCAGCCAAUGCCUGUCUGACUCCCAUCUGUUCCCUGUAUGGCGCUGCAGUCACCACAGUAGAAGGUAUAGGAAGCACCAAGGCCAGGAUUCAUCCUGUUCAGGAGAGGAUCGCCAAGUGUCAUGGCACACAGUGUGGGUUCUGCACCCCUGGGAUGGUGAUGUCCAUCUACACGCUGCUGAGGAACCAUCUGGAGCCCUCUCUGGAUGAGUUAACCGAUGCCCUUGGUGGUAACCUGUGCCGUUGCACUGGAUACAGGCCCAUCAUAGAUACCUGCAAGACUUUCUGCACAACUUCUGGCUGCUGUCAAAGUAAAGAAAAUGGGAUUUGUUGUUUGGAUCAAGGAAUAAAUGAAUUACCAGAAUUUGAGGAAGGAAAUAAGACAAGCACAAAACUCUUCUCAGAAGAGGAGUUUCUGCCACUGGAUCCAACUCAGGAAUUGAUAUUUCCUCCAGAGCUCAUGAUAAUGGCUGAGAAACAACCACAAAGGACCAGGAUUUUUGGUGGUGAGAGAAUGACAUGGAUUUCUCCAGUGACCCUGAAGGAACUGACAGAAGCUAAAGCCAAGUAUCCUCAGGCCCCUGUUGUCAUGGGGAACACUUCUGUGGGGCCUGAAAUGAAAUUUAAAGGCAUCUUUUACCCAGUCAUAAUUUCUCCUGAUGGAAUUGUAGAAUUGACUGUUAUGAACUAUGCCUCUAAUGAGCUGACCUUAGGUGCUGGUCUCAGCCUGGCUCAAGUGAAGGACAUCCUGGCUGACCUGAUCCUGAAGCUCCCAGAGGAGAAGACACAGAUGUACCAGGCUCUCUUGAAGCAUCUGAGAACUCUAGCUGGAUCCCAGAUCAGGAACAUGGCUUCUUUAGGAGGCCACAUUGUGAGCAGGCAUCUGGAUUCCGAUCUAAAUCCCCUCCUGGUUGUGGGCAACUGUACCCUCAACUUGCUCUCAAAAGAAGGCAAACGACAGAUUCCUUUAAAUGAGCAGUUUCUCAGAAAGUGCCCCACUGCAGAUCUAAAACCUGAAGAAAUCUUGGUCUCAGUAAACAUCCCCUGCUCAAAGAAGUGGGAAUUUGUGUCAGCCUUCCGACAAGCCCAGCGGCCACAGAAUGCACUUGCAAUAGUCAAUUCGGGAAUGAGAGUCUUGUUUGGAGAAGGGGAUGGCAUCAUUAGAGAAUUAUCCAUCUCAUAUGGAGGUGUUGGUCCAACCACCAUCUGUGCAAAGAAUUCCUGCCAGAAACUCAUCGGAAGGCCCUGGAAUGAAGAGAUGCUGGAUGUGGCUUGCCGGCUGGUUUUGGAUGAAGUCUCUCUCCCAGGCUCGGCUCCCGGAGGGAAGGUGGAGUUCAAGAGGACUCUCAUCAUCAGCUUCCUCUUCAAGUUCUACCUGGAAGUGUCACAGAUUUUGAAGAAGAUGGACCCUGUGCAUUAUCCUGGCCCUGCAGACAAGUAUGAGAGUGCUUUAGAAGAUCUUCAUUCCAGACAUCACUGGAGUACAUUAAAGUACCAGAAUGUAGAUGCAAAGCAGCCUCCUCAAGACCCAGUUGGCCAUCCCAUCAUGCAUCUGUCUGGUAUUAAGCAUGCCACGGGUGAAGCCAUCUACUGUGAUGACAUUCCUGCUGUGGACCCAGAACUUUUCUUGACUUUUGUAACAAGUUCAAGAGCUCAUGCUAAGAUUGUGUCUAUUGAUCUGUCAGAAGCUCUCAGCCUGCCAGGUGUGGUAGACAUUGUAACUGAGGAACAUCUUCAGGGUGUAAACUCCUUCUGCCUUCUAACCAAACCUGAGAAACUUCUGGGGACAGAAGAGGUAUUUUGUGUGGGUCAGCUUGUCUGUGCCGUGAUUGCAGAUUCCGAGAUCCAGGCAAAGCAAGCUGCCAAGAGAGUGAAGAUCGUUUAUCAAGAUUUGGAGCCACUAAUCCUAACAAUUGAGGAAGCAAUACAACACAACUCCUUCUUCGAUCAAGAAAAGAAACUGGAAUAUGGAAAUGUUGAUGAAGCAUUUAAAGUGGUUGACCAAAUUCUUGAAGGUGAGAUACAUAUUGGCGGUCAAGAACAUUUUUAUAUGGAAACCCAAAGCAUCCUUGCUGUUCCCAAAGGAGAGGAUCAAGAGAUGGAUAUCUAUGUUUCCACACAGUUUCCCAAAUAUACACAGGACAUAGUUGCUUCAACCUUGAAGCUCCCAGCUAACAAGGUCAUGUGUCAUGUCAAGCGUGUUGGUGGGGGAUUCGGGGGGAAGUCAAUCAAAACCGGCAUCCUGGCAGCCAUCACGGCAUUUGCCGCAAACAAACACAGUCGAGCAGUCCGCUGCAUUCUGGAACGAGGAGAAGACAUGUUAAUAACUGGAGGCCGCCACCCUUACCUAGGAAAGUACAGAGCUGGAUUCAUGAAUGACGGCAGAAUCCUGGCCCUGGAUGUGGAGCAUUAUAGCAAUGGAGGUGCCUCCCUGGAUGAGUCAUUACUUGUGAUAGAAAUGGGACUUCUGAAAAUGGAAAAUGCUUACAAGUUUCCCAACCUGCGUUGCCGGGGCUGGGUGUGCAGAACCAACCUUCCAUCCAACACGGCUUUGCGCGGGUUCGGCUUCCCUCAAGCAGGGUUCAUCACUGAAUUCUGUAUCACGGAAGUUGCAGCCAAAUGUGGUUUGUCCCCUGAGAAGGUCCGAAGCAUAAACAUGUACAAGGAAAUUGAUCAAACACCCUACAAACAAGAGAUUAAUGCCAAGAACCUGAUGCUGUGCUGGAAAGAAUGUAUGGCUAUGUCUUCCUAUUCCCUGCGGAAAGUGGCCGUGGAAAAAUUCAACUUGGAGAAUUAUUGGAAGAAGAAAGGGCUGGCCAUCGUCCCCCUGAAGUUCCCUAUCGGCCUUGGCUCGGUCCCUAUGGGUCAGGCUGCUGCCCUGGUUCACAUUUAUUUAGAUGGGUCUGUGCUGGUGACUCAUGGUGGAAUUGAAAUGGGGCAAGGGGUCCACACUAAAAUGCUUCAGGUGGCCAGUCGUGAAUUAAGGAUGCCAAUAUCUAAAGUUCACCUGCGUGGGACAAGCACGGAGACUGUCCCCAAUACGAGUAUCUCUGGAGCUUCCUUGGUGGCAGAUCUCAAUGGGUUGGCAAUAAAGGAUGCUUGUCAAACUCUUCUAAAACGCCUUGAACCCAUCAUCAGCAAGAAUCCUGGAGGCACUUGGAAGGAAUGGGCACAGGCUGCUUUUGAUGAAAGCAUCAGUCUUUCAGCUACUGGCUACUUCAGAGGUUACGAGUCGAAUAUGAACUGGGAGACAGGGGAAGGCUGUCCUUUCAAAUACUUUGUUUAUGGAGCUGCCUGUACCGAGGUUGAAAUAGACUGCCUGACGGGUGCUCAUAAGACUAUCAGAACAGACAUUAUCAUGGAUGCUGGCUGCAGUAUAAAUCCAGCCCUUGACAUCGGCCAGAUUGAAGGAGCAUUUGUUCAAGGCAUGGGACUUUAUACAAUAGAGGAGCUGAAUUAUUCUCCUCAGGGUGUCCUAUACACUCGUGGUCCAAACCAAUAUAAAAUCCCUACCAUCUGUGACAUCCCCACAGAGCUGCACAUUUCUUUGUUGCCUCCAUCUCAAAACUCAAAUACCCUGUAUUCAUCCAAGGGUCUAGGAGAGUCUGCGUUAUUCCUGGGGUGUUCAGUGCUUUUCGCCAUCCGUGACGCGGUGAAUGCAGCUCGACGGGAGAGAGGCCUGGUGGGACAGUGGGAGCUCAGUAGUCCCCUCACCCCAGAGAAGAUUAGAAUGGCCUGUGAAGAUAAGUUCACAAAAAUGAUUCCAAGAGAUGAACCUGGAUCCUAUGUUCCGUGGAAUGUACCCAUAUAAAUCAAACACAAAUUUCCAGGGAAAGUGGGGUGACCCUUCCAACAGAGCAGCCUGUCCAAUCUCUACACAUUAAGAUGCUGGGUCUGAGAAGCAAACUGCCACAAUUCAGAAAUCAUUUCACAGAGCAUUACUUUUAUUGACACUGCUUUUAAAUGUUCCAUUUAGAGUUUGAUAGAUAUGCUUAAGCUAUUUAGAGAUCAUAUUUUAAAUGGCAUAAAUAUGAACCAUUUUCCUCUUGAAUGAUACUCUCCAUUACUCUGUCCCUUAAAUCCAUCUGGCUGAAUGGAAUAGAAGAUGAUAAUUUGUAUGAUUCAUAUUUGACUUAUAUCCACCAAUAGAAAUUAUACUGUCUAGUCAAAGGCUGUUUUCAAAAUAAUUGCAUUAGCAAUUUGAAUUGUAAAGUUGCCAUUUUCUUCUUUGUUCCCAUCUGGUAUCAUCCUUCUUUUCUUGUCAGAAUGGACCUAGGCAUUGUAUCUAAAGGGUCUGUGGGACCAAAAGAAUAAAUAUAUAAGUUGGACUUCAUCAAAGGUAAAAGCUUUCAUGCUUCAAAAGACACUACAAGAAAUUGAAAAGAUAAACCACAGAAUGGGAGAAAAUAUUGCAAAUCAUAUAUCUGAUAAACAUCUAGUAUGAAGACUAUAUAUUUAAAAAACCUCUUACAACUCAAAAAUAAAUAAAUAAACCAAUUUAAAAAUGGGCAAAGGAAUUGAAUAGAUACUUUUCCAAAGAAGAUAUAUAAAUAGAUAAUAAGCACUCAAUAACCACUAAUAAGGGCUCAAACUCAUUAGCCAUUAAGGAAGUACAAAUCAAAACCACAAUCUGAUACCAUUUCACACCCAGUAGGAUGGCUAUAAUCAAAAUGAUGGACAGUAAUAAGUGUUGACAAGGAUGUGGAGAAAUUGAAAUCCUUAUCAAUUGCUGGAGAGAAUGAAAAUGGUGCAGACUCUAUGGAAAAAAAUUUGAAAGUUUUUCAAAAGGUUAAAUGUGGAAUUACUAUUUUAACCAGUCCUAGGUAUUUACUCAAGAUAAUUGAAAACAUAUGUUCACACAAAAACUUGUACACGAAUGUUCAUAGCAUUAUUCAUAAUAGCCAAAAGUGGAAACAACCCAACUGUACCAACUCACAACAAAAAAUGAUAAAAUUUAUCAAAAAAUGAU